AGUGUCAACAAUUCGGUAGCACUGGUCAGAAAGCUUAACAUUUACUAUGAGAAUCGAUUUCUCUUUAUCGAUUAUAAUAAUAAAUUAUUAGAUCGAAAUUAGCAUUCCUAGGCAGAAGUUGCAAGUUAGUUCUUGAAUAAAAUUUUGUUGUGAUUUGCGAGUGGUUAUAAAAUUUUGAUUUGGAAACGGAAGUUGGUGCUAUUGAUCAGAUUUAAAGAAUGUUUUUGUAAUAAGUAUCAGCGCCCGUGAUUUAUAGAGAAUUGGUUUAAGUGUUCAGGUAUUUUGUUAAAUAUGAUGGCAGCGAAUUCUCGUGUUUUUCAAUAUUAUUUGGAAAAUUUCUUCAAGUUUCCGAAAGAAAUUAAAAAUGAUAUCGUGUACUGCCAGCGCUCUCUAAAGGCUCAUAUCAAGGUGCAUCAGCUAUUUGUGUUUUUAGAUGGUCAUUGACGUAUUUAAUCAGGAGGAAGAUGCAGAUCCGGCACAGAAACAACGUAUUUUGGAAGAGAUUGAAUCGGAGAUUUACGAAAUAAAUGCUGAACAGCAUUUUCUAUUCCUAAGACUUCGUCGAAUAAUUGAUGAAUUCACCAAAAUGUUAAAAAAGAAUGACGUGAUUAUCGAUAAUGAAGCAAUAAACUCUACGAUUUCUAAGGAUGUAGUACCUCUUAUUAAUGAUCUGUCUGUAGAAAUAUUACCCGGAACAGUACUGUUUCGGAACACAGAACAAAAAUUAAUUGAAAAAUAUUUUGAAAUACAGAAAGAAAAGAUAGUAUAUGAAAUUGAAGAUUCGGAUGAAGACAACAAUUUAAUUUUGUCUUCAGGUGAAUUUCUCGAUGGCUUUGGUGUAACUAGUACUGAUGCCUUCAAUUUGCCAGGUUCCAAUGGAAAUUCGAAUAGCUUUUCUCAAAUGUCUUUACUGAAACCAAUUUCCCAACGAUUGGUUGGUAAUGGACGCUUUACAGAUGCUUCCAAAUUCUUGCAACUGAAUCUUGUGGAAGAAAAAGCUAAUAAUGACAUCACAAAUGAAAAUGAGGUGCUGUUAGAAGAUGUAUCCGGGUUUCCCGAUACGUCAAAUAAAAAUAACGAGUCCGUUGAGUCAUUACAAGAUUUACCUGUUUCGAAGAACGUAAAAAUUAGCCGCCUCAAUCUUCGGCAAGCUCUUAAUAAAGCACGUACUGAAAAUAUGGUUGCCAAGGCAGCUGCAAGCAUUAUUGCACGUUCUGUACCCACUUCUACGACAUCAACUUGUCAUGCCUCCACUUCUUUAGAAACGGUAAUACAUUCCCAACGAAAAUAUGAAAUAAGAACAAGAUCAACAAGAAAUAAUAAUGGAAACACAUUAACGGGUGCAGUAGUUCCCAGAGAAAGAAAUACUACAGAAUUAAAUUCAUCUUCUGAUGAUUCUAAUCCUGAAAGACUUCAAACCACGUCUCAAUCCCAAUGGGGAGUGCUGGAUUCAACUGAACAUCGAACUCUGCCUGAACAUUAUGGGCAAGAAAUGUUCUUACGUUUAUUUCAACUGUUUACCCCUAUUAUGAUUGUUCAAAUGCAACAACGUCGCUCAAAACGUAAACGACGUACUGUCCAUAAUAACGAACGUGCUGAUUUUCACUAUGGUCGCAUUGAGUACGGUAGCUAUCCUCCACCAGAAAAAAAACGCAAAACAUUUUUGAUUUCACCACAAGUAAAACGCGUUUUACAAUCGAAACGCCCGAAACGAAUUAAUACUGAUAAAAACGAGAAUCAAGCACCAUCACGAUCUAGUUCCAGCUCACCAGAUGAAAAACGGUGUUGCAAUGAGUGCCUUAAAAGUGGGGGUUGUUUUGAUGAAUGUCUCGAAUGCAAAGGAUAUUACCAUCAAUUAUGUCAUAUAGAAGAAGACGAAAAGUCAAUUGAGCUUACAAAUGUCCCAAUGCAAGAAAAUGUACUACAAAACGUAUGCCCUGCUUGUAAACGACAACGAUCAAGCUUACUUAACAAAGAUGCCCUUCAUUCCACAGCACAAGAGCUUGAAGAGAAACUCGCUCACGAAAAGGAUCGGCGUGUGAAUUUGCAGCAAGAAAGUAAAAUGUAUAAAUUACAAAUGCGCAACUUAUUCAAUAUUGUUAAUACUAUCAAAUGUGAUCAAGAAAACGAUAGUUCCGGAUAAAAACUAAGGUACUACAAUUAAGAAUUAUAUUUUUGUUUGGAGAUACACAUAUAAAAUGAAAUAUAAUUUUUACA